AUGAAAAAAGUGUUCGAACAAUUUCGAAAAAAUGAUUUAUUAUUCCAGAUUAUCAAGGGCCCGCAGCACCUGGAAUCCCCGAAGCUUUUUGUACUUGACUCAUCAUUCAAUCCACCACACCUAGCUCAUUUCCAACUAUUAUCGCAAGCCAUCAAAAACUUCAAGUUAAACAAUACCCAGUCGCAUAUUCUAUUGCUCUUGGCGGUGAACAAUGCAGAUAAACUACCUAUACCAGCAUCAUUCCCACAUCGUUUGGAAAUGAUGUGCUUAUUUGCUAAUUACCUUGAGGAAAAACUACCUCAGUCUGUGGUAUCUGUCGGGCUAACCGUUUUUUCGAAGUUUAUUGACAAAGACAAGGUUUUGCAUGAGCAGUUUACUCAGGAAUACAAUACAAAUAUAGGCUAUCUAGUCGGGUUUGAUACAAUCGCUAGGAUCUUUGAUGAAAAAUAUUACCACCCCUUAAAAAUCAGCGAUGUAAUGGAGAGCUUCAUGUCAAAAUGCCAGUUGUACUGUUUGGCGAGAGAUCAUUGUCACCUCGAUGCGGAAUCGCAGUUGAAGUAUGCCAGUGAUAUACUUGCGGGAAAGUACGAACCAGUUAUACCAAAGGAAUGGGGGUCUAGGGUCCAUGUCAUGCAAAAUGAUUAUCCAUCACUAAGAAACGUUUCUUCAUCAGAGAUUAGAAAAAAAAUAAAGGCCGGCCAGGUGGAGAAGCUAAGGGAUGAGCUGCCAUCUUGCAUAUAUGGUUAUGUGAUGAAGAAUAAGACAAUAUUUGAUUGA